CCCCUGGCGCGGACCUGGCAGAUGGGACGCGUUGCCAUGGCGAGCUCUCGCCGGACUCGGGGUACAAAGAAGGCCCCAACGGCGCGCAGGCGAGCACUGCCAGCAGCCCUGGUCAUCAAUCUGGCACGCAGGAAGGAUCGAUGGGCAGAGAUCAAGAGCCGUCUUCAGCGAAUUGAAGGCUUGGCGUUUGAGCGCCUAGAAGCUGUUGAUGGGAAGGAAAAGAUCGAGCAGAGUGAGGUGGCCGCUGCGUGGAAUACGGCAGGCAAUUGGCGCUACGUGACAAGGAUGUUUGAAGGCGGCCAAAAGUGCGGCUACACGGUGAAGGAUUUGGCCCUGACGGCCGGGGAGCGGGGCUGCGCAGCCUCCCACGUCAAGGCCUGGCGACGAUGCGCCGCCUCGAGGAAAGCGCUGCUGGUGAUGGAGGACGAUGCUCGACCAAAGCGCGUGUUCGCAGCAGCAUUAGGCAAUGCGCUGCAGGAGCUGCGCGGGAAAGCCGCGCAGGUCCUGUGGCUGGGCUACGUGCGGGCCGCGCCCUGGCGCCGCACGGUGGGGCCCACGGUCCGUGAGGCAGAGUACCUUUGGACCACUGUGGCCUACGUACUGUGGCCCUCGGGUGCCCGAAAGCUGCUGCAGGCGCUGCCAGUGAAUCAACCUGUGGACAACUUCAUGUCGAAUUUGGUGUCCCAGCGCAAGCUGAAGGGCUUCGCGGUGGUGCCGCCGUUGGUAUCGCAAGCCAAACCAUGGAAUGAGGACAAUGACAUCGUCCACUCAGAUGACAAGGCAUGGGUGCAGAACUGCGCGAAGUGAGGAGCAAAAUUGGGGGCUCGAGGCCAAUGAACAAAAGC